UUUUUUUUGUCUAUUGGAUUGGUGUUUGAAAUAUGAAAGCAAAAUCAACCAAGUCAGCCCCUUCUUCUAAUUGGAAGAAACUAUUACCGUCAAUCAAAGCAACUCAAACAACAACCACUAGUAGCACUACAUUGGGAAAACGAAAAGGAGAAUCCACCAAAGUUUUAAAAACAAAGAAGACUAAACGAACACACGACAGCGAUAUAAAAGAAAAAACGAAAAAGAAUGAUAAUGGAGUAAAAAUAACCCCUGACAACAAGGUGAUACCCAAAAAGGAUGAUCUAUGGUUCGAAGUAGAUGAAAAGGAUUUGGAAGUAGCUUAUGGACGAAAAUUGACCAAGACUGAAGAAGAAACGGAGGAACGGGAGCGCAAAAAGUUGAUUUUGGAUCAAAUGGAUGCUGUCAAGGGCAAAGAUGCAAAGAUUGGCAAGUAUGUAGCUAUUGAUUGUGAAAUGGUAGGAGUUGGACCUGAAGGCAAAGAAUCAGCAUUAGCUCGAGUCAGUUUGGUGAAUUACAAUGGUGCAGUAUUAUUGGAUAUCUUUGUUAAACCUCAAGAAAAAGUGACGGAUUAUCGUACAGCGGUUAGUGGGAUUACACCGGAACUUUUGAAAAAUGGAUGCACAUUUAAAGAAGCACAACAACAAGUGGCAGAUAUUAUCAAGGAUAGAGUAUUAAUUGGUCAUGCAGUGUACAAUGAUAUGAAGGUACUGAUGCUUCGACAUCCCAAAUUAUUGAUCCGUGAUACCUCAAGAUACAAACCAUUUAGAGAACUUGUCAAUGGAAGAACCCCAGGAUUGAAAAAUUUAGUCAACAAGAUUCUCAAGGUGCAGAUCCAAUCAGGAAGUCACUCAUCAGUGGAAGAUGCACGAUUUACAAUGUCUCUUUAUAAACAUGCCAAAUCUGAUUGGGAAAAAUCCUUUGGUGCGAAACAUGGAUUGGAAAUGAAGAAAUUUAUGCAAAAACACACCAAGAAAAACAACAACAAUAACAACAAAAAAGUCUCGUGGGUUAAGGAUCAAUCUUCUUUGAUGGAUAGUGAUGAUGAUGAUUCUGAAGUCUAGAUCUUUUUUUUUAGUUGUUUCUCACUUUUGUAUUAUGCAUUCUACAUUAACUUAUAUUUACAUUUACAACCAUAUUUCAUUAGCAUUUUAGUCUACC